AUGGCGGGCAGAAGCGAUCCCUUCAGCCCGGCCCCGGCUGAUGGCUCUUAUGGUGAAGAAUGGGCCCACGAUUUACGCAUCCGGUUCGAGUCUCUCCUCCGCGACAAGCGCAUGAAUGAUUUGCGCUCCAACUCUCGACACCAGACUCCGAGCGCCUUUGAUCGAGCAUCCAGCGUCGGCCUCGAUACGCCCAUGAGCGACCUUUCGAUGGCUUCCCACACUCCUGGUACGCCGCCUUCGUACUCAUCCAUCAGACAUCUGCCCAUCAUCCCUUCGGCACCAACUGCUGGAGACCGCGAGUCCCAGAAAUUCCGCAACCUCCUCAUCAGCCUAUCGCUCACUCCCACGAAAUACGAGAAUCCUGGUCUGCUCGAUGAGGCGCUUCAGAUCAUCCCCCUCGAUCGCAUCUACGGUGAGGCUGAAGAGGAGACCCAGGUCCUCCAGGCCGAGGCCGAGAGUAUGGGCGAUGGUCGCAAGCCUGAAUGGGGCUACCAGGACUGUGUCAUCCGCGCUCUUCUUCGAUGGUUCAAGCGUUCCUUCUUCACAUGGGUCAAUAACCCACCCUGCCCUGUCUGUCUGUCUCCAACAGUUGCCCAGGGCAUGACGGCACCUACUCCUGAGGAGAGUGCCUGCGGUGCGCUGCGAGUCGAACUGUACCGGUGCUCUGCUCAAAACUGCGGCGCCUACGAACGAUUCCCGCGAUACGGUGACGUCUGGCGACUGCUUCAGACCCGACGCGGCCGUGUUGGCGAAUGGGCCAACUGCUUCAGCAUGCUGUGCCGGGCCGUCGGUGGUCGUGUUCGCUGGAUCUGGAACGCCGAAGACCAUGUCUGGACAGAGGUGUACUCGGAGCACCAACGCAGAUGGGUCCACGUCGAUGCCUGCGAGGAGGCCUGGGAUAAUCCGCGCCUCUAUGCUGACGGCUGGGGCAAGAAGAUGUCCUACUGCGUCGCCUUUUCCACUGACGGCGCCACGGAUGUCACGAGACGUUAUGUCCGCAAAAAUGAAAACGCCAGCGAGCGCAACCGAUGUCCCGAAGAGGUCAUGCUCUAUAUCAUGCAAGAAAUCAAGACGAUUCGCCGCCAGAACAUGAACAAGGAUCAGCGUUUUCGUCUUGAAAAGGAAGACCAGAUGGAAGGCGAGGAGCUGCGCGGCUUUGUCGUUGCCUCGAUUGCCCAAGCCGUCACCGACCUUGUCCCUGGCGCCAGCCCUUCAGCCGGGCUCAGGGCACAGGGUACCCAUCACGGCCAAGACACAAAGCUGCCUGCAGAGCAGCCCAGUCACCAAUCUGGCCCAUCGGACUGGGUCAUGACGCAACCAGACGUCGGCCCACGAUACCAACCACGGGAUCCCAGCCAUCGACGUCACCUGCCAUAA